AUGUCCCAAGCGCUGCUGCGCCGCCACUCGCGCCUCUGCCUGCCCAAGCUCAAGCUGCUGCUGCUCCCUCAUCCUCUGCGCACCAUGUCCAGCUCCUCGUCUACUGCCGCCGCCUCGAAGCUGCGCGACUUCCCGCGCAACGAGACGUUCCCGGACGAGUUCCUGCGGCAGGUGCCCAAGACGGACCUGCACUGCCACCUGGACGGCUGCCUGCGCCCGCAGACGCUCGUCGACCUGGCCAACCAGCAGGGCGUGGCGCUGCCCACGUACGACGCCGAGCAGCUCAACCGCGAGGUCUUCAAGGAGACGUACGAGUCGCUCGAGGAGUACCUCGUGUGCUUCGCCUACGCGUCGUCCGUGCUGCGCACCAGCGAGGCGCUGGAGCGCGUGGCCUACGAGCAGGCGUGCGACCAGUUCGCGCUGGGCGUGCGGUACUUCGAGACGCGCUUCGCACCGCAGCUCAACGCCGUGCCGGGCGAGCUCUCGCUCGAGCAGGUGCUGCUCAGCGUCAACCGCGGGCUCCAGCGCGCCGCGGACGAGUUCAACGCGCAGGACCCGGACGUCGUGUCGGGCCUGGCCCCGCGCUUCGGCUACGGCAUCAUCGUGUGCGCCAUGCGCUUCUUCACGGCCGACUUCUCGCCCUACUACAAGCAGUUCUGCGAGGUGCACCGCCACGAGGACGCGCACAGGCUCUACGGCCUCGCGUCCAUGGCGCUCAUCACGCAGGCCUACGAGACCAAGGUGCAGCACGGCGUGCCCAUUGUGGCGCUGGACAUCGCGGGCGCGGAGCGCGGAUACCCCGCGCACGACCACGUGGAGGCUUUCGCCUUCGCGCACAAGAAGUUCAUGCACAAGACGGUGCACGCGGGCGAGGGCUACGGCCCCGAGAGCAUCUUCGAGGCCAUCACGGACCUGCACGCCGAGCGGAUCGGCCACGGCCUGCACCUGUUCCGGCACGACACGAUCGAGAAGCCCGACAUGGACGACAAGCAGCGCAAGGCCUACUGCCACGACCUCGUGCAGUACAUGGGCAACUCGCGCACGUGUCUGGAGGUGUGUCUGUCCAGCAACCUGCAGACGCUGCCCGAGAUGGAGCUCGACGCCAGGAACCACCCGCUGCGGGACAUGCUCACGAGCAAGCUGGCCGUGAGUCUGUGCACCGACAACUGCACGGUCUCCCACACGGACAUGGUGCGCGAGGUGCGUCUGGCCUGCGACGCGUUCCAGCUCACGCCGCACGAGCUGCGCCAGAUCCUGCUCACGGGCUUCAAGCGCUCCUUCAUGCCGGGCGACUACGCCGACAAGCGCGCCUACACGCACCACGUGAUCGACUAUUACGACCACCUCAUCCGCAAGUUCGGCAUCGACGACAAGAGCAAGUCUGGCUAA